UCUGUUUUGUUGUGUCAUGUUCAAAUUUGAAAAAAAAACGAUUGCUGGUAAACGAUGGCGAUUACGUGGAAUCUCGUUUACAUCAAAUUGAUGUCAAAAUUCAAAAUUCUGAUGGCACAGUCCUCCACAAAGGAUCAGAAAAUAGCACAGCUUACGAACCGUUUAAAUGAAAAAGAUGCCCAGAUAAUGAAUUUAACCAAUGAAAUGAAAACUCUCAGUCUGUCAGGACAUCCUAGUCAGGUUGUUGCGUUUACAGCACUGCUUAACCAUAGUAUUACCGUUGGAGCACAGCAGAUCAUUCGUUAUGAUACUACAAUAACAAACACAGGCAAUGCAUACGAUUCUACAUCCGGAAUAUUUGAAGUCACAGUUAGCGGAAUUUAUAGUUUAUCAGCCAGUUUGAUGGGAGACCCACACAAUGGGAUUCAUUUGCAGUUAGUUCAGAAUGGUAAAGAGCUGGUACGUCUGUGGACCGGAGGUGGGGAUAGCUACGAAUUGGCUUCACACACAAUAAACGUCAAACUUGCCAAACAUGAUCGCAUUUGGGUUCAGAAUAUCCACCAAGCUAAUGUCUAUGCAAGUGAAAAAUAUAACCUUUUUUCAGCAGUACUGCUUUUUGAAGGACAGUUUUAAAAUGAAGUGGUGUAAUAAACAAUAAAAGUAUUAGACAUGU